AUGGAUGGUAAAGUACUGCCUAGUAUGGCUGACGAGCCACCGUACAACUUAGAGUCCAGGCUGGUUCAUCUAGACUUGAAAGGAGCACCUCUCAGUGUUGGAUACCUCGAAAAGGUGUUCCCUUUGCUAAAAUCCUGGGGUGCUACAGGUUUGCUCAUUGAGUAUGAAGAUACCUUUCCAUAUUCUGAAGACUUGAGGGUGUUAAGAGCUGCCCAUGCUUACAGUGAGGAUGAUCUUCGACAAAUAUUGAAAAAUGCUGAAGAUUUUGAGCUGGAGGUGAUUCCUUUGGUGCAGACAUUUGGACACUUGGAGUUUGUUCUGAAGCAUGAACCACUUGCCCAUCUGAGGGAGAUUGCAAAAUAUCCCAUGGCGUUAUGUCCAUCCAAUCCAGAAUCACUGCAUCUGGUAGUUGCAAUGAUUGAUCAAGUAAUGAGGCUGCAUACAGGUAUCAAGUACUUCCACAUUGGCUGUGACGAGGUCUACCACCUAGGCAUCUGUGAGGCUUGUAAACAUCGGAUGAUGCAGGAGUCUAUAGGCAAAGAUCAGCUGUUUUUCUCCCACGUGCAUAAGGUGGCCACUCACAUACAGAAUACAUAUCCCAGUGUCACUACAAUUAUGUGGGAUGAUAUGUUCCGAUAUUCAGAGCUGCCAGUGAUCUUAGACUGUGGAUUAGGAAAGCUGGUGGAACCAAUGGUGUGGCAUUACCUGCCGAACUUUGUGCUUCCUCCAGAUAUCUGGAACAAUCUGAGCGCUGUGUUUCCCAACAUUUGGAUAGCCAGUGCUUUCAAAGGGGCUACAGGACCUCGCACUGCCAUCACAAAUAUCCGCUACCAUCUGGAUAAUCAUGGUGCCUGGUUGGACGCUCUGCGUGUGAUGAAACAUAAGUUCAAGAGCAUCAAAGGGAUUGCACUUACAGGUUGGCAGAGAUAUGAUCACUACUCUGUGCUGUGUGAGCUGUUUCCACAUGGUCUCCCAUCUCUAGGACUGUGUCUCAAGUUUAUCCAACAAGGUGUGCUGUCACCUGUUGACUUUGAUGCUGUAGCCAGAGAUAUGAAAUUUGCCACACUUAUACCCAUCAACCCAUUUGCCAGUGCUGACAUUGCCAUUUGUAACUUCCCUGGGUCCCUUGUCUAUCAACUGAUGAUUGAGUUUGUACAUAAAGAAGCAGUCUGCAAGGAGUUCUUUAUGUUAGAUAGCAUGGCUGCCUGGAUGAAUGAUUAUAAUGUGGAGCGGGGAUUUAUCAACCCUGCGCAUGUGGAACCAUUGUUGAACAGAGGUAUCAGCCUUUUAGACUCACUCCAGAUCCUAGAGGAGAGGCUGGAUGCAGCAUUUCCAGAUGUCUUUGUCUCCGGGGUCAAGGAAGAAUGGAAAGGAGAAUUCCUAUCUCCGUGGCUCAAGAAACUUGAGGAGUUUGUUGAUAAAGGUCGCAGAAUUGUCAGUGGCGGUAAAGUCACUGAAGUCAUUGAUAGUGAAGUCACUGAAAUCAUUGAAGUCACUGAAGUCGUUGAUAAUGAUGUAACUUAA